GCUUCUCCACAGCAAGAUUAACCCUUCGAAUGCACAGUAGUCUUCCACACACUCUGUCUUAGCACAAGAAAAGAAGCAGGACCAGUCUGAAGACAGACUCCCUCUAUAUCUAAGCCGAUUUAGCACCAAAUUGCCUCCUGUUUCACAGAAGUUCUCAGAGUACUCUGGGAGCUGCAAGGCACCAGCCAUGCUCCCUUCCCAGCCUCUCCUGCAUGCUGGGGUAUUCGCACUCGCAGUCCUUCAGGCCCUUGCCUCCGACACCUUCAUUGCAGCCGUCUACGAGCACGCGGUCAUCCUGCCAGAUCCCACUGACAAGCCUGUUUCUCCCGAUGAUGCUUUGGCCCUGAUGAACAAAAACAUGGAUGUCUUGGAAGGGGCCAUAAAGGAAGCUGCCCAGCAGGGUGCCCACAUCAUUGUGACUCCUGAAGAUGGCAUCUAUGGCUGGCAAUUCACGAGAGAAUCCAUCUACCCGUACCUGGAGGAUAUUCCUGCUCCAGUGGUGAACUGGAUUCCCUGCACUGACCCCUCAAGAUUUGGUCCAGCACCAGUGCAGGAACGACUCAGCUGCAUGGCCAGGAAUAACUCCAUCUAUGUGGUUGCAAACAUUGGCGACAAGAAACCAUGUAACUCCAGUGAUCCCGGCUGCCCCAGUGACGGUCGCUACCAGUACAAUACGGAUGUCGUCUUUGAUCCAGAGGGGAAACUGGUGGCUCGUUACCACAAGUAUAAUCUUUUUACAAUAGAAACUCAGUUUAAUUACCCAAAAGAGCCGGAAGCUGUCACCUUUGAGACUCCCUUUGGGAAGUUCGGCAUUUUCACUUGCUUUGACAUCCUUUUCCAUGAGCCUGCAGUGGUCCUGGUGAGCAAGAUGCAGGUGGACACUGUACUCUUCCCGACGGCUUGGAUGAAUGUCCUGCCAUUUCUGACUGCAGUUGAGUUUCACUCUGCCUGGGCUAUGGGUAUGCGUGUCAACAUGUUAGCUGCCAAUACUCACAGAACCAGCUUGGCAAUGACAGGGAGUGGUAUUUAUGCACCAGACGGAGCCAGGACAUACACCUACAAUAUGAAAACUGAAGAUGGUCACCUCCUCAUUGCCGAACUAGAUGCACACCCUUGUCUUUCUCCUGCCUCCCCACCUGCUGUCAGCUGGAGCUCAUAUGCUUUGAGUGUCAAAAGACUGUCUCAAGAUAACCAUGAUUUCACAGGAAUCAUCUUUCAUGACCAGUUCACUUUCACUGAGCUCACUAAACCUGGGGGAAAUCUCACUGUCUGCCAAAAAGAUCUCUGCUGUCACUUGAGCUACAAGAUGGCAGGGAAACGAGAUGAUGAAGUUUACGUACUGGGUGCUUUUGAUGGGCUUCAUGUUGUUGAAGGACAGUACUAUCUGCAGAUAUGCACACUGCUCAAGUGCAAGAGCACAGACCUGGACACGUGUGGGCAGCCAGUGGAGACAGCUCAGACCGAGUUUGAGAUGUUCUCCCUCAGCGGUACAUUUGGCACCAACUAUGUCUUUCCAGAAGUGUUGUACAGUGGAGUGCAACUGGCCCCUGGGGAGUUCAAGGUACUGAAUGAUGGGCGCUUGAUAAAUAAGACAAAACCGACAAAACCAGUCGUUACAGUGACGCUUUUUGGACGGUGGUAUGAAAAUGAUCAUCUGAAACAAGACCCACAGCCAGCAGCCUUUCUGUGAUUGAAGCUGAACACUGUUUCCAAAUGAGAUACAGCGUCCUCUACUACAACAAAACCUGCCACCACUUCUUGGUCAGAACACGACAUGAAUCAUCAUUUCUUGGAAAUCUCCGUUGAACCAAAACUUGGAAUUGAAACCUCAAGUUAUUCUGCUUAUCAGUUCUGAAAAACAGCUUGACAACACCUCCUGUCUGCACUGGAUGCUAUUCAGUGAUGGAACUGUUUGCAACGAGUGAACAAGUAUCACAUAGCAGCUCCUCGCUCACAUCUUCUCUAUAUCUUUCUAGUCGUAUAACACCAACAUAUUUGAAAUAAGCCUUGUCCUUUGCUCCUUCCUGUUAAUACUGAGUAGUGCUGCCCUGUAGAUGAAUUUGCUCUAGGGAUUAGAGGAUUUAGAGUUCUACUUCAGACCAACUACUCCUGGUGAGAAGACACUGUUCACGUCUUUGGUUCCUCAUCUCCCCCAGUGACCUGUGUUUUUGUUGCUGCUGCUGGACCCUAGUGACCUUCUUUCAGCACAUGAGUUUAUAAACAUGUGCAUGAUUUGUGGCUGUGUCCUUAAGAGUGGUCAGAGACCUCUAUUAAUCUUAUUUCUCCUUCCUUUUCUCCACACUGGCACCAUUACUUGCCUCACCAUGAUGCUCUCAAGGUCCUCAAUCCCAUGUAUUUCUGUUAUGGAGCUGGUGAGACACUGGGAGUGCAAAUACUUUCCAAACUCCAGCAUUGAUUACCACUGCUGUGUGCCAUAUGACCUUUUUUGUUUUCAAAUGUAAAUAAAUAGUCACAUGUGACAUAACAUAGUCUCAUGUCUAAUAAACAUAAUGACAUGUUUAUCAAAAA